AAUAAAUAACAUAAAUUUUGUAUGAAAUUAUAUAAAAUAGUUUUUCCUUUUGCUUCCAGGACCUUGGAAAGAACGCCGGAAUACGUGUCCAAUAUUUUCGAUAUAGUAUUACCGAAAAAAAAAAAUUGGUUGAAUCUCCCCGUGAAAGUACAAAAGAUAAAAGAGGGAAACAACCACUUAAAUACUUGUGGUUCCUAUAGUUUGUAAAAUGUCUAAACGCACCUUAACAUGUAUAAAAUAAUGUGUCUCGCUGAACGUGAAUUAAACUUCGGUUUAAAUAAACCGACUUGGACUACAAAAAGUAAAGUAAUUUUGAUUUUCAUGCAAAGUGUAUGUAUCGGUUCUUUCAUUAAAAAUUCAUGUUGUUUUUACCUCCCACUCAUUGUGCGUUUCUUGAAAAAACCGUCACCAAAAAUUGCUUUUGUUUUUAGUUCCCCUCAGUGA